AUGGUUGGAGAACUUGGCGCUUUAGGUGUCUGCUCUACUCGGACAACCACCGUGCGCUGCAAGGACAUUUGCGAUGUCUACAUCUUGGCAAAGGCUGCUCUACAACAAGUGCUGGCUCUCUAUCCAAGCGCGCAGGAUCCCCUGCGGAAGCUGGCCACUGUCCGCAUGCGCAGUGAUGUGGAACGGAUGUCGGAGAAGCACGUGCUGCUCCACUGUCCACUCUUUCAACAGAGCAGCAGGAAGUUCCUGGACAAGAUCUCUGAGCACAUGGAGGACCGCCUCUUCAUGGAAGGAGAGGAUCUCUGCAAAGAAGGCGAGAAGGGCGACACGAUGUUCAUCCUCGUGCAGGGAGUCCUGAAUGUUUGCGUGCUAAAAGAUGGACAGAACAUCAAAGUGAAUGAGCUCCACAAGGGCAGUGUGAUCGGAGAAAUUACCGUGCUCGGCUUGGCCAAUCACCGGACUGCCACCCUGACAGCCCAGCAGGUGUGCCUGGUCCAAGUGCUGCACAGACCCAUUCUGAUGAAGUACCUCAAUGAGUUCCCUCGCGAGAUCGUGACCUUUCAGGAGGUGGGAGCCUCACGGCUGGCGAAAAGCGGCGUGAGCAAAAGCACCCUGUUCCCGCAGCAGGUGCUUUUCAAGGAUUGCAGCCCGCCUUUCCUUGACGCAUUGUGCAAACAGCUGCAACGGAAGAUUUGCUUUCCUGGACAAGUCAUUGUGGAAGAGGGCACAGAGAGCCAGGACGAAAUGUAUGCCAUUGCACAGGGUGAGGCAUCUGUGGAGAAGGGCGGCCAACGUCUCGGAGAGAUCCAGCAAGGCUUCGCCUUCGGCGAGAUGGCGGUGCUGCGGCUCACCUCGGGCCAGCCGGUGACCAUCAAGGCGGAGAGAAUGUGUGACUUGCAAUACUUGAACUGCUACGAUCUGGAAACCCUGUUGGAGAGCUACCCACGAGAGAGGGAGCGUUUGCUGAAAGUCGUUGCGUUCAUGAUGAGAGAGGAGCUUGCGGAAGUGACCGAUGAAGAGGUUCUGGGAGAAGUUCCACUCCUCGCAUGCAUGGGGGAAGGCUUCAUCAAGCGGUUGGCGGCACAUUUGCAGGUGAGCGUCGUCAGGAAGGGAGAGCUUAUCAAAGGCAAGAAGGAGGAGCUCUUCUUAGUGCUGCUCCAAGGCAAAGCUUGCGUGCAGAUCGAUGGUAUCACUCUCCGCGAGAUGUGCGAAGGUGAGAGCUAUGGCGAGGCCUCGGCAUUGGGCCUUGUCCCAUGUGGCGACAGUGCAGAAGUCAGAGCUGCGGCAGGAUCUGUGAGCCUCUACUUGUGGGUUCCCAAGGAAGCAGUGCAGCGUGCCCUUCAUGAAGGCGCCCAUGUGCGGGACAAGCUGAGAGGCACGGUUGUGGUACCUCCAGGAAUCCACAAAUCAGCUUUGGCAAGCAGCGCUCUCAAGCACAUGAAAUUCUCCGAGGACCAGAUUCACCAGUUGCUGGCACGGUGCGAGGAGUGCUUCUGCAUGGCCGACAAGGAGAUGCUGUCCAUUCGGCAAAGCAUCAAGCAGAUGCUUUUUAUGCUGUCAGGUAAAGCAAGCUAUCAAAAAGGUGAAGAAAAGCUCAAUCUCGUGCCUGGAGGUUCCUUGGUGCAUUUGAGCAAAAGCACACCAAGCCUUCGUAGCCCAGUGAUUGCAACUACCAACUGCAAGUACCUCCUUCUGAACAAGCGCGUGUUCCUGGAAUUCAUCAAGGCGCAACCUGAACAGGAGCGUCAGCGCCUUCUCCAGCGCUUGGAGUCUAUGCCUGGCCAGGCAAGGGCGCCUGCCACACUGAGACAGAUGUCGGACCGCAUUGGGGAGCAAUGUCUUCAUGCUGCCAAGGCCGCAUUGAAGGACAACAUGAAGCCUUGGGACAAGCCCAAGGCCAGAUUUGCAGCAACCUUGCCUGGAGCUCCCAGCAGUAUGCAGACCAGUCAUGUGAACAAUGCGCCCAUCAAAGUUGCCUCAACCAAGAGCCUUUCUUCACAUGAGGAGCCUGCCCAAAAAGAUGGAUGA